CUUUCUGAAGCUAGGACAAGGAAUGAAAGCUCACCCUUCCCACUAGACAGGUGAUCAUGUGUGUGCAGAGAAUGAAGGUUUUGGUGGGUUUUGUGAUACUAGAACUAUUACUCGCUGUUCUCUUUUAUCACUGGGCCAGAAGAGCUCCAACUGUGAUACACAGUCAAAAGAAACUAGAUUCCCCUAUAGAGAAGCUUCUUGAACGUAAUGAACAGUUGAACAACAGGAGCAACAGCAUUCCCUACCACCUCAAACAAACUACAGCACGCAGAAAUGAAAAUGGGUGUGUUUGUGAAGGAGACACGAGGAGUUUUAAUGUGCCCUUCAGUGACCUGUUCUUUCCUCGGGUGGGUGCUGAGGAGUUGUACUCUUCAUUCAGAGCCUCAGAGCUGGAGGAAAUAAAGAAGCGCAGACACCACGAGUACAACAACUUCCUGAGGAGAUCAAAUACAGCAGCAAACCAUCUUAUCAUUGCUGAGGCAAACAUUCCUCUUCAGUACCCCACCCAGGGUUUGCAGGUCCAGCCUAAAAAGUCCAUUUUAAUUCCUGGGUUGGGUCUGAAACUUAAGUCAAGGAAGGUUUAUUCAGUAAAUUGUACUGCUAGCAUGGGUACAUUUGACGUAGCAGCUUUGGUGGAUGGAGUCAGCAUAAACGGGGAAGGAAAAAUGCACAUAAGCCUCUCCAGCCCUCUUCUAUCUGCACUUAACAGACAGCUGCAGUUUGUCACUUAUACAAAUACAAUUUUUCAUCCUGAUACUGCAGACAUAGUGCAAUUCAGGACUGAUGGAUUCCAAGCAGCCUUUACCAUUCAAAUCAGACAUGCAAUCACUCCUAAACUUUAUGAUCCUGGACCUACUGGACCUAAAGGAGAAUACAACAUAGGCAGGCUUGUGACCAUUGCUACAAAAACAUUUCUGCGUUAUGACAAGCUGCAAGAUUUGAUCGACAGCAUUCGACGGUUCUAUCCAACGGUCACGAUAGUCAUAGCUGAUGACAGCGAGCAUCCUAAGCCUGUAACUGGCCCUUACAUAGAGCACUACAUCAUGCCUUUCAAAAAGGGUUGGUUUGCUGGGCGUAAUCUGGCUGUCUCUCAAGUGACGACUAAGUAUGUGCUGUGGGUGGAUGAUGACUUCAUCUUCACCUCUAAUACAAGGUUGGAGAAAAUGGUGGACGUUUUAGAGCGCAGCAGUUUAGACCUGGUAGGAGGAGCAGUCAGAGAGGUAACAGGAUACACUGCCACCUAUCGUCAUAUUAUCUCAACAGAAAAAGGUGGAGAAGAUGGAGACUGUUUACACAUUAGAAAAGGCUUCUAUCAUGGUCUUGAGGGCUUCCCUAAUUGUGUGGUCACGGAUGCCGUCAUUAAUUUCUUCAUGGCGUAUACCGAAAAGGUGCGGCAAGUGGGCUUCGACCCUCGCCUGGCACGAGUCGCACACAUGGAGUUUUUCAUCGAUGGCCUUGGUGUUUUCCACGUGGGUUCCUGUGAUGAUGUUAUAGUCAACCAUGCAUCAAAGAUCAAAGGGAUGUUGCCAUGGGGGCAAUCAGAAACUGAUAAGGCCUAUGCUAAAUUCCGUUAUACUAACAGCUGGAGCAAUCAAACUGCUCAUAUUUACUUCAAGAACCACUUCAAAUGCUUAACGAGUAACAGUUAAAAGUGAUCUACAAAUUUCUUUCUCGCUAUUUUCUCAAUGUGCCUCUUUUAGACUUUCCAAAAAAAAAGUCUAAAGAGGUUAUAACGUAAGACAUUUAUAUUUGUGACAUUUAUGUGCAAAUUUACAGAACAGUCAAUGAACCAAACAAAAAACAACGACCAAAUAUGAGUUCUAAACUUCUACACCAUAUAGCAUGUAUGUACAGUAAAGGAAAGUCAGACUGCAGAUUUUCAAAUGUAAAAAUGAAAGACCUUGCUUUCUUCUGGUA